AGCCUCAUUCUCGUUUCGCGAGCACACGACACGCGAGCAGUGUGAUGAUCGAACCUCAAGACUCAAUCUAAGCGUUUGAAUAUUCUACUCAACAACUCAUGACUGCCGUUGCUUCGCCAUUUCAGCAUAUUCCCCGGACGUCAUGGAACGACGGUAACGGUGGCCAGCCAGGUCACAGCUCCAUGGGUCCGGACGAUAUCUCCCGCAUCUUUAUGCCACGAAAAGCCGGCCAGCGAACUGGCUCGACUUCCUCCAUCGCUUCAUCUUCAUCCUCCACAUCGACGAUCACAAACUCUGCCGCACAGCCUAACGGAAACUCCGCUACCGGAUCGAGCGAGGCCUCCGGCUGGGGCACGCGAAAGAAGCCAUCAAGAGGCCUCUGGCCAUCGUCCAAGGCCGAACCCAUCUCCGGAAUCUCUCCUGCAAGGCCUCUUUCAGUUGCAUCGCCUGCAUCAGGGCCUUCGGCAGUUUCGGCAAUGUCCGCAAUCCAUCAGCCUUCACCGGUGAUUCCCUCGCAACAUAUCCAGCAAAAUGGCAACAGAGCCGCGGGCAUCCAAGGCCAAGGAGAGGCUACGGCUAUGCUCAUACUACUCCCGAUGAAUGGAACUUUUGAGCGAAAGACAAUCACGGUUCCUUUUUAUCCUGAAGUCCUGCGGAUCGGUCGGCAAACAAAUGCCAAGACGAUUCCCACUCCUCUCAAUGGCUAUUUCGACUCAAAAGUCCUGUCAAGACAGCAUGCCGAAGUGUGGGCAGAUAGAAGUGGAAAGGUAUGGAUUAGAGAUGUCAAAUCGUCCAAUGGUACCUUUGUAAACGGACAGCGAUUGUCGCCAGAGAAUAGAGAUUCGGAACCCCAUGAAUUGCGAGACCAGGACAUGCUGGAGCUGGGUAUUGAUAUUGUUAGCGAGGACCAAAAAACGGUGGUACAUCACAAGGUGGCUGCUCGUGUCGAACAUGCUGGAUUGAGCAGUCCAAAUGCAUUAGAUCUUAACUUUGGGGAUCUUGACCCGAUGAAUCCCAAUUCAUUGGCGGUGGGUCAGCAGCUGGGCCAAGGUGUCGCUCAGCUACGAGCACGAAAUAACCAAGCUGGUUUGGGUACCAAUGGCCGACUCGGACCAGCUAACCCUAGCGUCGCUGGCAGCAACAUGAGUGCCAUGGCGCAGCAACGAAACACAAACUUUUGGUUAACACCAGUAACAAUGGAGCAAAUUGUGAAGAAACUAAUGACGGAGCUUCGAGUGGCCAGGCACCAGUCACAAGAGCUUCAGAGAACCGGAGAAUAUUUCAAUACACUCCUGACGCACGAUGGCAAGAAGGAUAGCAAGCAUCCAGCAAAUGAACUUUCCAAACCACGCCCAACAGGCACGCCGGUCAAGGUAGACAUCAAUGGGCGUUUCCCUGAUCCUCCGGCUCCUCCGCCACAACAGCCGCUACCCGAGAAACCGGACUCUGCUCGGUUCAACGCAAUAGACUCUGUCGCCCAGCCGUCACUCAGACGCUCUGACACUGAGCGACCAAAGGCUCCAUCCAUGAACGGAUCCAUUUCAAAACCUGAAUCGCCGCAUCAAAUAGUUUCUCUCAUUGAAGCUUUGACAGCAGCGAAGAAGGAGAUUGACGCCCAAGCAGCACGUGUCAAGAGCUUGGAGGAGCUGUUGACCCAAGAGCGCUCGGCUCGUGAGGGUGCAGAAGAGCGAGCCAAGCGCUUAGAGCUAGAGUCUACGACGGGCGGACUCGACGGAACUCUAGAGGAAGGUGCAAGCCAAGAGACUGACGCUAACUCAGUCUCCAAAUUUCCCGACCUCGACUCAAACGAGCCUAGCGAUUCGACAGCGUCUACCGAUGGCGUAGAUGAUGAGGUACCAAGGGCGACAUCGCAGGAAGCUUCGGCCGCAGAAGCCUCUGCUGCGCGUCUUCAGAAGAGGCUUGACCUCAUGACGAUUGAAAUGAACGAAAUGAAGCAGCAGAUGGAGAAGUACAAACGACGAGCCGAGGUCGCAGAGGAAGAGCGAGCCACCGAGAAAAAGAGCCUUGCAGAAAUGGUCGAGUCCAUUCGAAGAGACAUGGAAGCUCAGGAAGGGAAGAGGACAAGGAAUACCAACACGGAAAUUGCUACACAGUCAGAUGCUAGUCAAUCACGCUCCUAUCAACGUUCUUCAUCCCCAUCGCCCUCUGCUUCGAUGAGAGGCAUCCUCUCCAGCGAUCAAACAGCAACUGGCGAUUCAGAAAAGUCAGGACUACAGAUGGACAAUUCAGCAGCGCUGUCUCGGUCAGGAAUGCUCGCCCAAAAUCACCUGGCACAGUCUGCUCCUUACGCUUCCAUACUUGGAGUGGUCGUGCUUGGUGUUGGAUUAAUGGCAUUUCUGAAUGGAUGGCAGAAGAUUGAGCGAUAAAAAGUCACUGUUACCGUUAAAGUCUCAUAGCU